CUGUUCUUGGAAAUAACAUUACUUUAACAUGACUGUCCUGACAAUAUUAAUACAGAGUAAUGGUAUUACUUUUACAUGAAAAUAAAGAGUGGGCAACUGGUUUCCUUUAUGGGAAGCUGUCCCUAAACCAGUACACUGUGAUACAACAAUCCUCAGGGUUUUGGGGCGGUGAUGGCUGGAGAUGCGUCUUCAGCCGAGGAGCGCGCAGUUUGUGCGAGAGGAGACAGAAUGUCAUCUCUUGUUUCCACCUGAUCCGACGCGUGUGUUGUUCAGAGACGUGCGGGGGAACCAGGGCACUCAUAUUUCCUUGAUGCCCUACAGACGAGAGAGAGAGAGAGAGAGAGAGAGAGAGUGAAAGGGCUGGGCAGGGGAUAUCAUGACAUGCCAGUAAGAAGUUACAGUGUCUCCAGAGGAGACUUUAGUGAUAAGAUGAGGAUUCGACCGGGCAAGUUUUCUCUCUGACAGCUGCAUCCUCUGGAUCUCCGUCGCUUUACUCCGCUUACAGAGUAAAUCACAACCGGAAAGCAACAGGAGGAAGUUGAGACUUGUAGCAGCAAUGUCACAGCUGUAUUACAAGAAGACUGACAACUCGUCAUACAGGGACCGCAUCCCCCUGCGGAUCGUGCGGGCCGAGUCGGAGCUGUCUGCCUUGGAGAGGGGCUACCUGGGGGCUGUUGAGAAGGGGGACUAUGCCAGUGUGAAACAAGCCCUGGAGGAGGCUGAGAUCUACUUCAGGAUCAACAUCAACUGCAUCGACCCCCUGGGGCGCACGGCUCUGCUCAUCGCCAUCGAAAAUGAGAACCUGGAGAUCAUUGAGCUGCUGCUCAGCUUUAAUGUGUAUGUGGGUGAUGCCCUGCUACAUGCCAUCCGUAAAGAAGUGGUGGGGGCCGUGGAGCUGCUGCUCAACCACAAGAAGCCACGUGGAGAAAAACAGGUCCCACCAAUUCUACUGGACAAACAGUUCUCAGACUUCACCCCAGACAUCACUCCAAUCAUCCUGGCAGCCCACACCAACAACUACGAGAUCAUCAAACUGCUGGUGCAGCGAGGUGUUUCCAUACCUCAGCCACAUGCUGUGCGCUGCAACUGUGUGGAGUGCGUGUCCAGUUCAGACGUGGACAGCCUACGUAACUCGCGCUCUCGCCUUAACAUCUACAAGGCCCUCUCCAGCCCGUCUCUCAUCGCCGUCUCCAGCGAGGAUCCGUUCCUCACGGCUUUUCAGCUCAGCUGGGAGCUGAGGGAGCUCAGCACAGUGGAGAAUGAGUUCAAGUCAGAGUACGAGGAGCUGUCCCAUAUUUGUAAACAAUUUGCAAAGUCCCUCUUGGACCAGACCCGGAGCUCUAGGGAGUUGGAAAUAAUCCUCAACUACCGCGAUGACAUCAACCCUCUGCUGGAUGACACCACUAAUGAUCUGGCCCGACUGAAGCUGGCUAUCAAAUAUUGCCAGAAAGAGUUUGUUGCUCAGCCCAACUGUCAGCAGCUGCUGGCGUCUAAGUGGUAUGAUGAGUUCCCAGGCUGGAGGAGGCGUCACUGGGCAGGAAAACUCAUCACAUGCAUCUUCAUUGGCCUCCUCUUCCCACUGUUAUCCAUCUUCUACCUGAUCUCUCCAAAGAACCGCUAUGGCUUAUUCAUCCGGAAGCCCUUCAUCAAGUUCAUCUGUCACACUGCUUCCUACCUGACCUUCCUCUUCCUGCUCUUCUUGGCCUCACAGCAUAUAGCAUCUGCACAACCGCGCCUUCAAGGCCCAGCACCCACCACUGUGGAGUGGAUGAUCCUGCCCUGGGUGCUUGGCUUUAUAUGGACUGAGAUCAAACAGAUGUGGGAUAGUGGUUUCGAAGACUACAUGGAUGACUGGUGGAACUUAAUGGACUUCAUAAUGAACUCCUUGUAUCUUGCAACCAUUUCUCUUAAGAUUGUCGCCUAUUCAAAGUACAGAGGGGAGAAACCCAGAGACGAAUGGGAAAUGUGGCACCCGACAUUGGUUGCAGAGGCAUUGUUUGCCAUCGCCAACAUCUUCAGCUCCUUGCGCCUCAUCUGCCUUUUCACUGCCAACUCCCAUCUGGGCCCCUUACAGAUAUCACUGGGCCGCAUGCUCCUGGACAUCCUCAAGUUCCUCUUCAUCUAUUGUCUAGUGCUGUUAGCCUUUGCCAAUGGCCUCAACCAGCUCUACUUUUAUUAUGAAACAGAUAUGGGCAAUAAUUGCACAGGUAUUCGCUGUAAUCAGCAAAACAAUGCCUUCUCAACGCUGUUCGAGACACUGCAGUCAUUAUUUUGGUCCGUAUUUGGCCUGAUUUCUCUCUAUGUGACCAAUGUGAAACCAGACCAUGAAUUCACCGAGUUCGUGGGCACUACCAUGUUUGGCACGUACAACGUCAUCUCCCUGGUAGUGCUUCUGAACAUGCUAAUUGCAAUGAUGAACAACUCCUACCAGCACAUUGCUGAUCAUGCAGAUAUAGAGUGGAAAUUUGCAAGAACAAAAUUAUGGAUGAGCUAUUUUGAAGAAGGGGGAACUUUGCCAUCUCCAUUCAAUAUAAUACCCAGUCCAAAGUCGGUGUAUUAUUUAAUUGGAUGUAUAAAGAAGCAUUUGUUUAAGGGAACAAGCAUAAAAAGGCUGGAAACCUUUGAAACUUUGGGGAGACGUGCAGCCGAUAAUGUAAGAUUAAACCAUGAGUAUCAGGAGGUUUUGAGGAACCUUAUGAAGCGGUAUGUGGCCGCAAUGAUCAGAGAUGCCAAGACAGAGGAAGGGCUGACAGAAGAGAAUUUCAAGGAGCUUAAGCAGGAUAUCUCCAGCUUCCGCUAUGAAGUCCUGGGAAUGAUGAAGGGUAAACCUCAAGGUGGUGGUGCGGGUAAAGUUGCAAGCUCCACCUUGGCUUACCCUGGAAACCCAUUCAAAUAUUCUCCCAAAUUUCCUACUGAUGAGACUCAACAGAAGAUGAACAUGUUUGACAUUACCAACCUCGCCCUACAGGGCAGAGCUGCUACCACCACCAGCUCUGUGGGCUCCAACAGGCAAACCAAUGGUUCAGUUGUUCCGUCCAGUCCAGGACAGACUCAGAAGGAGAUAUCCAAGAAUGUCUCAGGUGCUGGGUCCCUCCAGAGACCAAGACUCGCCUCGCAGAAAUGUGAUGAAAUACACUCAGAGGAAGACACGUUGGGAUCUGGUGGACAAAACCAAGAACAACUUCAGACUGGUAAAGUAGUUGUGGAAGUCGUACAGAAAGUGGAGAAGAUGAUUCAGGAGAUUGAACAUUCUUGCAAAGAGCACACUAAGGAAGUGAAAAAUGGGCCAAAACAAUAUGAAAAAUAAUAUGAGUCUGCAAUUGAGAGAUUUUAAUUGUUUUAAAACAUUUUUGGGUUGCAACUUUCAUUCAUUCAUCAAACAGUUGUAAACAUUUCAUCAAAAUAAUCUAAUUAUCUCAUGGUAAAAAGUUAAAUAAUAUAUUCAGUUCAAAUAAUCGUGUAUUCUGUAAUAUAUACUGUACAUAUCACGGUAUAAUGAUAUUAUGUUAUUUCACAUUAUAUUACAUGCAUUCAGCUCUGAUUGAUUGAAGCUAUACAACAAUACUUAGUGAGGAUAGACCUAUAAGUGCUAACUUGAUGCUCAGGGAAUUGUGAAGCAAGUUCGUAAUUCAUAUUUUAACUUGAGCAUUUGAUUCCAAAGAGCCCUAACACCCUGCUGCCUACUCUACCCUCUUCCACUUUGAACUGUACUCUUACUGUGAUAUGCAAAAGUGUAUUUUAUAUGUCUAUAGAAAAAGUAUUACUCCUCAUAUACUGACAGUAUCCAAUCCUCCUCUAAGAAAAUGAAUGCUGAGGUAAACACAAGUUUAGUUGUAUUUAAUAGCAGAACAAAUUCUAUAUUGAAUUUGGACAAAUUAUCCAGUUGAUUAAAAGCAACGUAGAACCUAGCUAAUUCAGCUUUGGGUUCGGCUUCUCUUUUACUCCACCAUCACCUCCCUGACCUGUUUAGGGUGAGAGGGAAUGUUUUACUCCUAAUUCUUUUGUUGAAGCAGAAGAGGCACCAGUUGAGAUUUGUUGCAAUAUGUAUUCCUCAACCAGGUGCCGGUACACCAUAUCCUAUAACUUUCAGGCAUAAGGGUCCUCUUGUGAUCUGUGUGUGCUGUUUUAUUUAUUGUAAUGUAAUGAAAUUACUCUGAAUAUAAAUAAAAGACGAUGCUAAUU